CACUGAUGAGGCUACACUGGUCAUCAGGGCACUGAUGAUCAGUGUACAUGGCCCCCCCUGAGGAAUGCCAAUUACCGGCUCGCCUCUCAUCAUGAGCUGUCAGCCGAUGGGAGAUGUACACUGAUCAUCAGGGCACUGAUGAUCAGUGUGCCCUGAUGCUCUGUGUAGCCCCAGCAGUGCCACCUGUCAGUGUCCAUCAGUGCCAGCUCUCAGUGCUCAUCUCUGCCAGUGCCACAUUUCAGUGCCACAUUUCAGUGCCCAUCAGUGCCACAUUUCAAUGCCUAUCAGUGCCACAUCAAUGCCACAUAUCAGUGCCCAUCUGAGCUGCCUUUCAGUGUCACCCAUCAGUGC